ACACUACUUUUUUGUCGCUUGUCUCUUUCUUUUUCCGGUCACCACAAUGGGUAUCGAUAUCAGCCACAAAUACGAUCGCAAAGUUCGUAGAACUGAGCCCAAAUCUCAAGAUGUUUACUUGCGUCUUCUUGUUAAGCUGUACCGCUUCCUGCAGCGUCGUACCAACAAGAAGUUCAAUCGCAUCGUGUUGAAGCGUCUGUUUAUGAGCAGAAUUAACCGCCCACCAAUGUCGUUGCAGCGUGUCAGCCGUUUCUUCAAGAAAGCGGAUCAACCCGAAGCUACCAUUGUUGUUGUUGGUAGCAUUACCAAUGACAUUCGUCUUUUGAAAGUACCUAAAAUGACGAUUUGUGCUUUACAUGUCUCACAAACAGCUCGCGAGCGUAUCAUUAAGGCUGGUGGUAAAGUAUUGACUUUCGAUCAAUUGGCACUUAAAUCGCCAACUGGAAAGAAUACAUUGCUGUUGCAAGGUAAACGUACAGCACGCACAGCCUGCAAGCACUUCGGCAAGGCUCCUGGUGUGCCCCACUCUCACACCCGACCAUAUGUCCGAUCAAAGGGUCGCAAAUUUGAGCGUGCUCGUGGUCGUCGUUCCAGCUGCGGUUACAAGAAGUAAACAAUCGAUUUUGCACGUUUCUACGUUAGUUAUUAGAUUGUGUACAACCACGCAAUUCUUGUUUGUGACAAUGGUUAUACAUUUAGAGUGCAUGACAUCCUGCGCUGUAUCAGUAAUACAAAUAAAAAAUUAAUUACUUUAAUGUUUUUUCAAAGUAAAA